CGUCUGAUCCGUUGCACGGAUGCUCUUUGGUGAACAUGAUAAAGAUGGUUCCUGGGCAAGUAGAUCAUUUUGAACCAAAGGGGAAGAAAUUCUUAAAUUUUUGAUCUUUGGAUUAUUUCAUUCUUAACUCUCCGUGUUGAGCACAUUCCUGCUAAUGUAGUUUCUGUCUAUGAAGUAUAAGGCUUCGAAUAAAAUUAAAAAACCCAAAAGUGCAUUAUAUCCGGAAAUAUUCAAACCAACCAUUCGAAUAAAAAAUGAUUCGCAUAUUUUAGAUUAUUUUCAUAGCUCCCCUUUCAUGAUCCACACUAAUUUUGUUCCCAUCGAACAUUUCAUCACUUUGUAUCAGUUCUAAUAUAUUACAGCCUCUGAUCGAAACUACACCAGAUAACAUGUUAAAUACAGUGGUCUUCCCAGCAACACAGCGAAGAGCAUUAGCGAAAUAUCCUCAGAGUAAUUGUAACUCGCCAAUAUUAUCGCCAGGUAAAAGGCGUAGAAAGGAUGUUGGAGAUUAUUGGCUAGGAAAGACUUUGGGUAGAGGCUCCUCAGGGCGUGUUAAGAUGGGCAUACAUAAAGUGACAGGAGAAAAAGUAGCCGUCAAAAUCAUUUCAAAACAACAUUUAGCCACAAAUGCAUCUGUCGAAAAGGCUGUCAAAAGAGAGAUAGCCGUUAUGAAGCUUAUCAAUCAUCCUUAUAUUAUGCGCCUUAUUGAUGUAAUUGAUAUGUCUGAUUCACCCAAUUUGUAUCUGAUUCUGGAAUAUGUACAAGGAGGAGAGUUAUUCGAAUACUUAGUAUCCCAAGGUCGACUCCCAGAAAAUGAAGCAAGGCGGUACUUCCAACAGAUAAUUAUCGGCUUAGACUACUGCCAUCGCCAUCUCAUAUGCCAUAGAGAUUUGAAGCCUGAGAAUUUAUUGUUUGACCAGGAUAGAAAUAUCAAAAUUGCAGACUUUGGAAUGGCUUCUCUACAGCCUACAGGCUCAAUGUUGGAAACAAGCUGUGGAUCACCUCAUUACGCGAGCCCUGAAAUUGUCAAUGGAAUCCGUUACAACGGAGCAGCUUCUGAUAUUUGGUCUUGUGGAAUAAUAUUAUACGCUUUGUUGUGUGGUCAUUUACCUUUUGAUGAUGAUAAUAUUAGACAAUUAUUGACAAAAGUCAAGUUAGGAAAUUACACAAUACCCGACUAUGUAUCAAGUGAAGCAAGAGAUUUAAUACGCAGGAUUUUGGUAGUAAAUCCUGCACAACGACUUACUAUGCAACAGGUACAAGAGCAUCCAUGGUUCGUUUGUGAACAACCUCCGAAUCCAUCCAAGCUACCCGACCCUCCAUCUGCAGAAGAGAUUGGAAGACCUGUCUCCUCAGUCAAUGACAUUGAUAAUCGGAUCUUAGAAACGUUGAAAGUGUUGUGGUCAGAUUUGUCGACAGAACAGGUUAUUAAAGCCUUAUUGAACAUUGAUCAUAAUAUGCAAAAGGUGGCUUAUGUUCUCUUGCAAAGGCAUGCAAUUAAUCAGUUACAAAAAGAGGUAGUGUCACCUAGCAAACGAAGACGCCGUCCGGCGACUGUUUGUGUUGUUUCUGAUAAAAGCAGCCCAUUAUCAGGACUGGAUCACAUGGUAUCCAAAUUAACCACUAGCAAUGACGCAUCAAAUAAUUUCACAGUAAUACCUGAACAACAAGCCUACACAUACCAAACCCCAAAUGUCAAUGAACAAAUGCCAACACAAGCCGCACCCUACACGACAAGGCCACACCUUGGAUAUGAUGAGGCUGUGCCGCCACUCCCGUUGAAGCCUCUUGUAGUACCCGUCCACCCGUGGCUUCGAACUCCAAAUCAACCACGUCGACGGAACCUUUGGCAUUCGCCAAAUAUCAGUAACAGACAGAUGAAUAAGAAUAAUAAUGUAAACAAAUUUUUACCUAGCAUAUUCCAGCCAAGUCAGCCUUUGCAUAAUGGCUCGCAAUCAUCUAUCAGCAAUCAACAAAACAAUACUCAUAGGCAAAAUGCACGCAUUCAGUAUGCACAACCUACUGGCAGUAUCUUGAAUCAUACGCCAAAUUAUCAUACUGUCAGCAGUGCGUCACCAGAUACUCCUGACCAACAGAAUAAUCGCUAUAGUGCACCUCCGCCCAUCAAUUUUAACUUUGUACAACAAAAUCGUGCGCCGUAUCAAUUUCCUUGGGUACAACAGCAGCAAGACUCAAAAUUGAUGCGAUUCAUGAACAUGCUGAAUAGAACUCAUAGGGUAAAUCCUAACCAAGAAUCUGAAAGUUCCUUAUUCAAGUUCUUACAAAGCCCAAAGCCGUUUAAUUUUGAGAAGAAACCAAGGAAAUUUUAGGAUUACUUUGUGUAGCUAUCCUUCCAUUGAAUCUAACUGAAAGACAGACUCUGAUACAUUAAGAAAGAAAUACUAUAUUACUUUUUUUCCAAAAGAGCAAGUAAUGUGUGACAAGCAACAUAGCAUUU